AUGGGUUUAUCGUCUUCAGUUGCUUCAGGGGCAUCCGCUUCAAGUGCUUCGGUUGCGUCUAGUGCAAGUGCUUCGUCUGAGUCUGGUUCAAGUGCUUCGUCUGAGUCUGGUUCAAGUGCUUCGUCUGGGUCUGGUUCAAGUGCUUCGUCUGGGUCUGGUUCAAGUGCUUCGCCUAAGUCAUCUUCAUCAUCUUCCGUAUGGGAUAAUACUUUAAAUCAAACAUCACCAGAUCUUGUCUGGUAUAAAACAAUAGAAAAGAAAUUAGAAAAAUGUGGUUUAAUAAAAGAUAAAAUGAAUGAAAGCGAUCGUAAAAAAUUAAUUAUUAGCCUUGGUGAAAAACGCUUCUUCAAAGAAAAAUAUCUGACAUUAAAUAAAGAUUACAAUGAAAAUAUAUUACAAAAAUUAAAUGAAGAGAUAACUCUAAUGGACGAUCUCCCUGAAAGUUUAAAACAAGAUAUAACUGAUGAUGAAAAAUCAAAAUAUAUUGAUCGAAUAUUGGAGUAUCGUAGAGAUGCCAAAAGGUUUGAUGUUCGAAUGUUUUUAUCAAAAUUAAGCCGUCUAAGACCACAUAAACUACUGUUCUUUUCAGAAUAUGGUACCGUUCAUGCUGGUUUAGAAAUAGACGGUGUUACUAUAGAAUGGGGGUGUGAAAGUCUUGUGCUACCAAAUAUUAAUACAAGACGUAUGUUAAUAUAUGCACGAGUUAAUUUCGAAAAAAUGUUUCCAGACACAGUUUGGGGAAAUGUAAAAGCAUUAGUAAGACAUCCACUUGAUUAUAUUGCUAAUGUUUAUCAAAUGAUAUAUGAUAGAAUUCUAGCAAUUGGCCACAUAACACAAGAUAAAUUAGAUAAAAUUGAAAGUGUUUGUAUUCAUUAUAAUCGAAAUAUAACAUAUAAUGUAUUCAAUAAAAAUUGUCAAACAUUUAUGAAAAAUAUUUUAGAUGCAAUUGGAUUAAAAUUUGAACCCGAAGGUGAAUUUAAAAAAUUUAUGGAUCGAAUAACAUCAGGUGAAGAAGAAAUUGGAAAAUUUCAAUAUAUAUCAGCAGUAUUUCAAUCAAGAAAUGAAUUUGACCAUUAUGUUGAUCAACACUGGCAUUCUACUAGUAAUCAAUGGAAUAAAAAAGUAUUAAUUUGUUAUUCAGAUAUGAUGGAUGAUAUGUAUAAACAAGGUGACAAAAAAUGGGGGCCGAUAGAUGAUGAAAGCAAAUGGGCGGAAAGGAUCGAAAGUGUUGCCUGA